AGACACUGGCCAAGUAAAACUCAGCCCUCUUUUCAGCGCUGAAAUCCAGCCAUGGGUCAGUUGACGGACCUCAGGCUGGCGGAGGAGCUCGGCGCGCGGCAUGGAGUCAGAGGCACCAGCUUUCAAGAGCUGCCCGAGCUGAAAGAGCAUGUGGGGCGCGGGGUAUCUCUUGAGCAUUCCAAGGAGGAGUUGAAGAAGUCCAUCGACGCGAUGAACUCCGCGUGGGCCAGUGGGCGUGAGACGAUGGAGAAGAGCUACGGAAAGGUGCACACGCUCAAGAAGAACUUGGAUUCCAACUGGCAUGCUGGGCGGGAUGCGCUGGAGGCCGCCUGCACUCGUUUGCGCGACACCCUGGACAAGGCCGGCGAGGACCGCGUCCUUUGUGAAGAAGCACAGUCAAGCACCACGGAGGGACUGCCAGCGCUCUUCCUCAAACGGUUCAAGGAUCCGAUGCGCUUCGCACAGUUCCAGGGGGGCGUGAUUCAUGGGUGCACAAAGCAGUUCGAUUCGGACGAGUGCAACUGCCCCUCGGGCCAUGAGGAGCUGGGCUGCCAAGAUGCCGCCGACCCAGCCAGCUUUGAGCUGAAGUGCAGCAACGUCCUGAACACGCAGAUCCCGGCCGCCGGGGUGCUGGACUUCUUCAAGUCUGGGGGCUUGUGCAACAUCUCCAACCAUGAUGAGCUCUUCAAGCAGGUGGUUGACUCCGAGACGUUGCAUCACCUGGAGGAGUCCGGCAUGCCCUUGGACCUCGCAUUCCUCUGGGAAGCGUCUCGGCUCCGGCGACCGAAGCAACGAGGGAUGGACUUUCUCUCAGUGGCUUCGCCUGAGCGAAGACACCGUCAAGGCAGUGGAUAAAA